CAAAAUCCAGCAUGAUGUGAGCAUAUACGAAGAGUUCCGCUCCGUGAAAGCAGUGGCGCCGGCGCGUACGUUAGUCUAGGGUUUUAGCGAACGGUUAGAUUUGGAAAGAAUUAGGGUUUAAGGCAGAGCGAGAAGAGAAGAAGAAGAGUAGAAAGAACGAUGCUGUACAUUAUAGGUUUAGGAUUGGGCGACGAAAAGGACAUCACUCUCAGAGGCUUAGAAUGUGUGAAGAAAUGCAACAAGAUUUACAUGGAAGCUUACACUUCUCUCUUGUCCUUUGGCCUUGCUUCCGAUGGAAUUUCUUCGCUCGAGAAGCUCUACGGAAAGACCAUCACAGUUGCGGAUCGGGAAAUGGUCGAGGAGAAGGCUGAUGAGAUGCUCUCCAAGGCUCGUACCUCUGAUGUUGCCUUUUUGGUUGUUGGCGACGCUUUCGGAGCUACGACCCAUUCGGAUCUGGUCGUUCGAGCAAAGAGUUUGGGGAUUGAAGUCAGAGUGGUGUACAAUGCUUCUGUGAUGAAUGCAAUUGGAAUUUGUGGGUUGCAACUGUACCGCUAUGGUGAGACUGUUUCGAUACCGUUUUUUACUGAAACGUGGAAACCGAGUAGCUUUUAUGAGAAGAUUCAAAGAAACCGUGGACUUGGAUUGCACACACUCUGCUUAUUAGAUAUACGAGUAAAGGAACCGUCUUUGGAGUCUUUAUGCAGGGGAAGAAAAGAGUAUGAACCACCUAGAUUUAUGUCUAUAAACACAGCAAUCGAGCAGCUUUUGGAGGUUGAGCAAAUGGAAGGACAAUCUGUAUACAACGAAGACUCACUGUGUGUGGGAUUUGCUCGUCUCGGAAGCGAAGAUCAGAUGAUAGUAGCGGGCACCAUGAAGCAGCUGAGAAGCAUUGAUUUCGGGCCGCCUCUGCAUUGCCUUGUGAUUGUAGGAAAGACCCAUCCUGUUGAAGAAGAAAUGUUGGACUUUUUUAAAUCUGGAAAUGAGAAUCUUGAACAGGAUGUCAUUGACAGAACUACAUAAUUAUUAUCUGAGAGCCGAGAUCCUUUCAUUUACAGGUUAUCCAAGUCCCGUUGUACCAUUGCUUUUGAAAACUUUGAAAUCUGCUUUACUUAUAUUUUAAAGUUAUUUAUAUAUAUUAUAGAACUCUUGGAUUUCUUGGUUUUGACUGCUCAAAAAUCAGUUAUCUUAAA